UGGUUGAUAUAAAUGGCAGAACGACCGCUAGAGUGCUACCUUUGGGGAAACAAUCUGCAGAAGACAAAGUGAUUAAACCAUCCCUUUAAACCCAGUGUAAUUACAAAAUGAAGGUAGUAAUAGUCUUGCUGCUUGCUGUGGUAUCGCUGGGUCAUGCUGAACAUAGAGGUCGAGACUAUGUACGGGACAAAAUCUGUCAAGAAUUCAACAUCCUGGGGAAAGACAACUUCCGAUCUCUAGCUAUCAUCCUGAACAGCAAGAAAUUCUCCAAUGCCACCUUUGAAGAGAUCAGUCACCUUGUGAAAGAGGUGGUCUCCCUGGCAGAAACAUGUUGUGUCAAAGGGGCCGACCCCAACUGCUAUGAAACUGGGUCUUCAGCGCUGUCUGUCAAGUCCUGCGAUGAAAACGCUCCUUAUCCUGAUCACCCAGGGAUUGCCGCUUGCUGUACCCAGCAAGGGUUAGAGCGAAAGCUCUGUCUGGCUGCCUUGCACCAACCGCCCAAAGAGUUCCCUACAUAUGUGGAGCCAUCGAAUGAAGAACUUUGUGAGGCCUUCAAGAAGGACCCCCAGGAUUUUGCAGAUAGGUUUACGCAUGAGUAUUCCAGUAACUAUGGACAAGCCCCACUGCCAGUAUUAGUGGGUUCUAUAAAGAGUUACUUGUCCAUGGUUGGGACUUGCUGCAUUUCACCAAGCCCGACUGUGUGCUUCUUGAAAGAGAGAUUAGAAAGAAAGACUCUAUCCAUACUCACCACCAUGUCAAACAGAAUUUGUUCCCGCUAUGCAGUAUAUGGGAAGGAAAAAUCAAACUUCAGCAUCUUAACAAUGUUUGCUCAGAAGAUACCCUCUGCCUCCUUUGAGGACAUUUCCCCACUAGCUGAAGACUCUGCUGAGGUCUUUUCCAAAUGCUGUAGUGCCAUGGCUGAAGACUGCAUGCAGAAGGAGCUAUCAGAACUCACCACAAAAAUCUGCACUAAACUAUCAUCCAAGGAUGAAAAAAUUUCUGAUUGUUGCAAAGGAAAAAAUCUCCUGGAAAACUACCUGUGCAUGUAUUCACUGCAACCUGCUAAAUCCCCUCAACUGCCGGAAAUCCAAAGGCCCACAGAUGAACAGCUGUGCACUGACGCUGGGAGCCAUCAGAUGGAUCAAUACACAUUUGAGAUGGCGCGAAGGCGAACCAACAUCCCAGAGGUGUUCCUAAGUAAGGUGUAUGAUGCUACCCAUAAUCUUCUCAAUAGAUGCUGUACCACUGCGGAUUUAAUAGAUUGUGUCUCUAGCAAGAGGCCACAGCUGAGAGGGGAGAUAAUCAAAUUCCUAGCAAAGGCCGAUGAGCUAUGUGGAGAAUAUAAUGACCUGACGUUCCUUGAAUUCAAACAGAAACUGAAAGAAAGCUUCAGCAAGACAAUGCCUGAUGCAACCCCAGCCUCCCUUACAGAGCUGGUGGAGCGGAGAGCCGAUUUCGCCUCCACGUGCUGUAUUAUGAAUGCACCUCCAGUGUACUGUGGCUUGAAGAUUAACGCUGAAGUUGGACACACAUGUGACCACGAUUCCUGCAUGUUGAUCUAGCUGUGGAAAUGCAAA